UGAGCCACCAUUUGCUGACAUUUUAUAGGCCAGACAACUAAUCUAUCAAUCAAGUAAUGAUGAGUUUUAUUAGAUUUUAGUACAGUCUGCUUUGCCACUGAAUAUUCUAGCUCGGUGCAACUGUCCUGAUUUGACAUAUCACACAGCCCCACGCACAGCUCUGGUGUUGGACUGACUCAGAGAGGUUAACACCCAACUGUACCUCAAAUGUCUGAUAUUAUUAAUAAUCAGUGUGAGCCGGUAAUGAUUCAUGCAAAUGCAUCACUGCAGAGAGUCGUGUGUCUUUACAGGAAAUUCUCUUCAUGUCAGAAAAAAAGAGAGAUGUGACACGAAUUAGGGAGUGUUAGGAGAAAUAAAAUUAGUCUUUUCUUCGCUGAUGGAACACGAUGUGAAAAAUGUCCUCGCAGCGGAGUCACCAACAGCAAUUAGUCGGCAGUUAUGAGAGACUGUGGUGGGAGUUUGGAGGAGUGAUGAAAUGUAUUAGACUCCACAAUCUGCUGUGGUGUAAAUAUUUUCUCACUGCUGAGAAUCAGUUGGAUCUUUGGGACACUGUAGGGUUGAAAAGCAUGUUUGAAAAUCGUGGCAGGAAUUUCACUGUUAGAGGUUUUUAUUUAUACUGAGCCAACACUCUCUGAGCUGAGAUCAAGGAUUUUUUUUUCUUUUUUUGUUAAACGAAAGCUGUCCCAUGCUGAUUUUUUAGUUUGAUAUCUGAGCUCCAAUUGACUUGCUGUGCUACAUUUUGUGAAUCAGGGGUUGGAAAUGUUUCACUUGUGAUUGGUGAAUGCAGUUUAUUUCCUGUUUUACAGGUGCUAAAUUCAGGUGCCAUGAAUCUACAGGUGUUCUUUGUGAUGGUGUGUUCCUUUAACACCUCAGUCUCAAAGGUCUCAAAGUGAACUUUGCCACUUCAGAUAGAGCCGCACAUGUUGUGGCUUUCCUUUUGAAUACUGGAAAAGAAACCAGCUGCACACAGGCACAUUUCUUGCGACAAACUGUUUUUGACAGGACAGGACAGAUUUGUGUAAAAUGGCAAAAUCAGAUUGGACUUGUAGUCUUUCUGCUAUGCAUGAGUGGGAGUCCCCAGAUUAUGAACCUUCCCUCCCUGUUUCAGAGAAAUCGAACCCUUUAACUCGUGACAUCGACCGAGCAUCAGCCAGCAGCAUUGUGAAGAUGCUACAGGCCUGUGAUGCCCAGAUGUUUCCAGAAGAAACAGGGUCAACCUACCAUAGGCUUUUGAGUGACCAAGUGGUGACAACAUUGAUGGAGGUUGCUAAAAGGGUGGAGCUCAUUCUGAAGGAUCCUGAGGACAGCCUUGUUAUACUGAGUGGUUGUGGCACUUCUGGUCGACUGGCUUUCCUCAUCACGUCAGGCUUCAACAGAGCACUGAGGCAGCUGAACCAGAGUCCGGUUUAUUCAUACAUCAUUGCAGGAGGAGACAGAGCUCUCCUUUCCUCACAAGAAGCUCCCGAAGACGACCCCAAACUGGGAAUGCUCAGUCUGAAGAAGGUUUGCGAGGGAAAGAAGAGAGUGCUGUUCAUCGGCAUUUCGUGCGGAUUAUCUGCUCCAUUUGUGGCAGGUCAGCUGGACUUUUGCCUGCAGCACCCUGAAGUCUACACUCCUGUUCUGGUGGGUUUCAACCCUGCACAUCAGGCCAGGGAUGAACCUCUACCAGGCUGCACAUUCACAUUUCUCAGUGUGGUUCAGAGGAUGCAGGAGCUCGCCAAAAGCCACCAGGCCUUCCUCAUCAACCCAGCAGUCGGGCCAGAAGCCAUCAGCGGCUCCUCCAGGAUGAAGGGAGGCAGCGCCACCAAGAUUCUCCUGGAGGUUGUCUUAUCUGCCGCUCACGCUGCCGCUUUCUCACACGCACCCGUCGCAUACAACGGUAUUCUGCAGCGCCUGAGAGCUUAUGAGAAAACUCUGGAUGUCACUUAUGCUCAGAGUGAGAUAAUCACUGAUCUGGUGGAAGCAGCAGGAGAGAGUUUGCGUUGUGGUAGGCGUGUGUGUUACCUCGGUUGGGGAUCUCUGGCUUUGUUGGGCCUCAUUGACGCCAGUGAGUGUAACCCCACGUUUGGAGCAGAUUACGAAGAUGUUCGAGGCUUCAUCAGUGGAGGAUACGGGGAGCUGAACAACAAAGAGGGACCCAUGACUGCGCUGGGGCCUGAGUUUUGCAUAGCACAUGAGGAUUUCCUACAUCAGGUUCUUCCCCGUCUCACUGACAAGGACACUGUUCUGCUCAUAUACACACACUCCGAUGAUGUCAGUAAAGUGGUGGAUUUGGCACGCAGGGUGAGAGAAAAGACGUCUAACCUCCAUGCUGUUUAUCAUCAGACUGAAGAGGACACAUCAGCGGCUCUGCAACAAGACGACAUCAGUCGGCUGUGUUUAUCUACACUAAAGAUUGCCUGGCUUCAGGGAGCAUCUGUUUCAGCGAGCUUACAACACAUGUGGGAGCUGUCCACUAAGCUGGUUCUGAACGCCGUGAGCACCGGAGCUCACGUCUUAAAGGGGAAGAUAUACCAGAACCACAUGAUCGACGUGCAGGUCACCAACAGCAAACUGUACCGCAGAGCCACACGCUUACUCCAGAAGGUCUCUGGUCGUCCGGAGUCACAGUGUGAAGAAGCUCUUUUGAAGACCAUCUACCGGGUGGAUAAACUGACUCUGGACAUGACGUCCUCUGACGUCAUCACACACACAUGCACUGCCGUAACAAGAACCAAAGUGGUUCCUCUGGCGUUGGUCUGUUUGCUGACUGGCUGCUCUCUCAGGGAGGCGGAGUCUCAUUUGGAGCGACAGCCAGUUGUUAGGGAAGCGGUGGAGGUGUGGUUGUCAUAAGUGACGUCAAAGUCCAGCUGAGUGUCUUCGUAUACAGUACAGUCAUAUCUGGAAUUAGACCUCACUUCUGAGUGCACAGAGAGGUCAUUAGUCAGCCUUAAUGUCAGAUGAGCAGAUGUCUAUGUCCCUAGUUUCUACUAAAUUGUCAAACUGAACAAUAUUAAAAAGCCUGAAGCUGAUACUGAGGUAUGAA